AUGGAAGAAUACUUUGGAGCAGCUGCACUUGUAUUCAAUUUGUCAAUGUUUUCAGCAAGUAUGCUCAUAGAAAAGCAUGCAAAUUCUAUAAUCCAGGCUAAAAAUUCUCAAAUUGAAAAGGAAUUGACUACAUCAAAAAAUUAUUGGAAAGAAGCAAAAAACCUUCAAGGUCGCAUUGAAAAAAAUAAUUCAAUGCUCAAAGACUUAGGUGCAAAGUUAAACCUCAUAGAGAUUUCUCUAAAUGGCCUAUCAAAUAAUAUAAGAGCAGUAGAUAGAAGCAUAUUAAGUUUGAAAUCUUUUACAACAAUCUACAAUAAUGAUGAAUCAGAAUCUUUCCCAGAGUACCUCUUUGAGUUUCAAUUACCACCGUUAAAUAGAAAUUAUAUAAGUCGAAAUGCCUAUUUUGACGAACAAUAUCAGUUGGAUUAUAACUACCAAAUAGGGAAAAAUUAUAUUUCAUCUUCUACAUCAAUUAGAAUGCUUUUAAGCCUUGGGAUGCUUAAAAUAUUCACGCUUUCAGGCCAAGAUAACUUGAAGUUACCUUUGCUAUUUAUCGUAUCUUUAUAUUCAAUUUAUGAUCUCAACAAUGCCUUUAAAAAACUAAAUGAAAGCGAUUGCCAAGAAAAAAUAGAUAACCUUUUGAAGUCAAAAGCUUAUAUUGAAAAUUGAAUAAAUCAAGCCAAAAUCAUUGAAAGAGAGCAAAUUGAUUCGAUGAUAAGAAUUAUUGAUUCUUUUACAAGAUCAAUUGAAUCGAAUUCUGAACUAAUUGCUCCUAUAGAAAAGCACAUUGAAAAAAUCAAGGAAUGUCGGAGCAGAAUAACAAUAAAUAGUCAGCACUCUGAAAUUACAGAUGCUCAUAACGCAAUAAUAGACGAGUUAUAUGCAAUCAUAAAUCGUUUUACGUCAUCAAGUAGAAAAAUAGAUCAAAUGAUAGAAAAGCAAUCAGCAUAUAAAGUCGCUAUAACUGUCUUUGAGGCUUUAAUAGAUACAUUUGAUGAAAAAAAUAUUAUUCAGUUGGCUUACUCAGAGAUUAGUAAAAAUUAUCCUAAGUUUACAAUAGAAGAGGCAAGAUCUAUCUAUAAUGAUCUUUAUAAGAAUUCUUAA